UAUCAGGGUAAGAUUCACAUCAAUAGCCUUUGAAAUCUAGAUUUAUUGUGAUAACCCUGAUCUUUACGGGCCAAGAAAGUAAGUCUGCAGGUACCGAAUUCAGAGAACCAGAAUGCAACGGACCAGUAUGCCAAUUUGUUCUCCACCUCGGAAACAUUGCCUGGGCCUCCGAUGUCGCGAUCGACGAUACAAAGAGUGCUAUGCCAACCCCGCAGUGGAACUGUUGCGAUGUUCUAUGGAAGCUACAUUAUAUCGGGAAGUUUGUCCCGGUUAUUCUAUAGCCAUCGGACUUUACGCCGACCUUAUACCAACUGCUUCUGGAAAUAGAUUUCCUUGUACCUUUAAUAAGCAGCGCCUCCUCAAGUUCAUAUUAAGCACCGAUCUUCUACGUCUCUACAUAUCCUUUCGCUUGUUUCCUGGUUAUUCUCUGUCUACAUCUGUUCUGGGUUCGGUACAUUGAAAUCAUGGUUUAUACUGCAUCUUUUGCCUUUUUCGAGGCUCUAUGGGAGGCUGGAAUCACCCAUGUCUUCGCCAAUCUAGGGUCCGAUCAUCCCUCCAUCCUGGAGGCUAUGGUUAAGGGUCGGAAAGAGAAGCCUGACGAAUUUCCUAAAGUCUUCACCUGUCCUAACGAAAUGGUUGCCCUUUCUAUGGCAGAUGGUUACGCUCGACUUACCGGCCAGCCGCAAUGCGUGAUUGUUCAUGUUGAUGUCGGCACGCAAGGAUUAGCCGCUGCCGUACACAAUGCGUCCUGCGGGCGUGCUCCGGUUUUAAUCUUUGCCGGUCUCUCGCCCUUCACUAUUGAAGGGGAGAUGCGGGGCUCUCGCACCGAGUACAUUCACUGGAUUCAAGAUGUUCCGGAUCAGAAGCAGAUUGUUUCCCAAUACUGCCGGUACUCGGGAGAAAUCCGUUCUGGUAAGAAUGUAAAGCAGAUGGUCAACCGGGCUCUUCAAUUUGCAACUAGCGAUCCUAAGGGUCCGGUGUAUCUGGCUGGUGCUCGAGAGGUGAUGGAGGAGGAAAUUGAGCCAUAUAAGGUCAAUCAGAAAGUCUGGGGCCCUGUGGCACCGUCUGCAUUGCCAGCUGAAGGCGUUGAACUGAUCGCGUCCGAACUCGCAGCUGCCAAGGAGCCUCUGGUGAUUGUAGGUUAUUCUGGACGUGAGACUAGAGGAGUGGAAGAGCUUGUUAAGCUCGCGGACACAUUCAAGGGAGUUCGAGUACUGGACACCGGUGGAUGCGACAUGUGCUUCCCAGGCGACCACCCGGCGUCAUUGGGAAUGCGAUUUGGUCUCCAUGAGGCUAUCAAAACAGCAGAUUUCAUACUAGUUGCCGACUGCGAUGUGCCCUGGAUCCCGACACAAUGCAAACCGUCCGAAUCAGCAAAGAUCGUCCACGUAGAUGUUGAUCCACUCAAACAACAAAUGCCGGUUUUCUAUCUCCCUUCCAUAGCCACAUUCCGCGCAGAAUCAGCUACGGCUUUCAAACAGAUCAACGAGCACGUUACCGCCAACGAAUCGCUAAAGCAGUUACUUGCCUCCGAGGAGCAGACAUCUCUCGGUAAACGUCGCGAGGACGAAUACAAGAAGACCCGACAAGGGAUUGCAGAUCUUGCUGUAACGCCAUCAGGGGGUGGUAACGCUGACCUUAAUGUCUCUUACCUUAUCAGUCAGAUUCGGAAGAGCUGCCCUGCGGAUACCAUUUGGGCCAUCGAAUCCGUCACACUCACUCCUUUUGUAGCUGAUCAGAUCGCUGCCACUUUGCCCAAGUCAUGGAUCAAUUGUGGGGGUGGCGGACUUGGCUGGUCUGGUGGAGGUGCACUCGGCAUUAAACUGGCCACUGACCACAAAAACGGCGGCAAGAAUAAAGGUAAGUUUGUCUGCCAAAUUGUGGGAGAUGGCACGUACCUCUUUUCUGUCCCGGGCUCCGUCUACUGGAUCUCUCGGCGGUAUAGCAUUCCUAUCCUUACUAUCGUGCUGAACAACAAGGGCUGGAAUGCUCCCAGACGGAGUAUGCUUCUCGUCCAUCCUGAAGGGGACGGCUCGCGUUCUACUAAUGAAGACCUCAAUAUUUCCUUCGCCCCAACCCCUGAUUACCCUGGUAUUGCGAAGGCUGCAGCAGGAGGAGAGCUCUGGGCGGGCACUGCAGCUUCGGUUUCAGAUCUUGCAAGGAUGCUACCAGAGGCCAUCAAAACCGUACAAAGUGGGACUACUGCUGUCUUGGAAGCCCAGCUAGACGGGACAGUCGGAAAGCACGUUCACAAGAACUAACUUCAUUGUCUACUUGCAGAAGGUUUGGUAUUUAGAGUCUGUUAAUCGGUAGAUUAUGUGCUUAACUUAAUAUUUUGGCUUGU